UUAGGCCCCAGCGCCAAAUGGCACAGUUUUAAAUAUUGAUAUCCAGUGCAACGCCAUCACAAUAGAGUCAUGUGAUGUUGCAGGCAUAAUUGAAUUAGGAUCUUCCAUGGACAAACUUACCCGUUGACAUACGGCCAAAACCUUGGAUUCUCAUUGAUUACUAUUUCAAUAUGUUCUGACAUGUCAAAGGAAAAGAAAUGCGGUUAUGAAAGUUAGACUUACUGCUUUUAAUUGGCGGAAAACGGCAUUUUUAACCAUGAUGUAGUAACGCUGUAACGGACGCGCUCGUGAGCAAAGUCAGCCUGCGAAAUAUUGUCAAUAAAAAGUCGUGUUAUAUAUUGUCGAUUUGUUUAAAUUACGCACUUGGUGUCAAAUAUUUCAUCCGUCUAAGAAAAACAUAUUCCGACAACUACAUUAUUCAAAUGGCCACCUGCAAAUCAAAAGAGCUCCAAAAUGAGUGGCACCUUGAAUUCGAUUCAAAUUAAAAACCUCUCAUUCUCACAGUUUUGAAAAAACUCAUCACUUGCUGCAACUUGAAAGGUACGCUGUUAAAAUUGCUAUCGCAGUAAAAUUUUGUAUUCGAUCAUGAUUGCGGUUUUUAGCAAUCUACUGUUUCUUGUCUGCUGUUUUGUCGCCUCACUGUCGUCUGUUAUGAACAAAGCCAGCUGUUCUGCAGAAUCAAACAUUCUGCAAGAGAAUUAUAACGAGCGUCUGUAUUCAGUACACGAGUUCCACUCUCUGAAUGUGCCUAAUGUUGGAACAACUAUGGCGACUGACGAAUUUGAUUGUUGCUUUAAAUGCCUGCGGAAUCCUUCAUGCUUCUCUGUUAACCUGGCUGCGUCCCAAACAGUCCGUAAACAACCUUGGUGUGAGCUUCUGCCUUCCGAUAAGUACAACAGCCCCGAGAAAUAUCAACAAAACAAAAGUUCGCAUCACAUCUCCAUCAUGUCACCUUGUUCCUCCUCGCCAUGUCACAACGGAGGUACCUGUGUGCCAAACUACAAGGAGAACACAUUCAAAUGUAGUUGUGAAAAAAGUUUCAUUGGAGAAUACUGCGAAAAAGGUGUGGAAUCAUGCAAGGAAGUUUAUGAUGUUUACAGGUAAGUCAUAGCAUUAGCUUUCUAAUACCACCUCGUUUGAAUACUAUAUUCAAUGCAUGUAAAGUUUCUCUUCUCAACGGUAGGUCGAUUCCCUGACGGUAAUCGCUCUUGAAUAAAUGGAUCUUACAAAAGGAUUGACGUGAGAUUCAUUGGAGAGUAGCUACACCAGCUGAUGAAAUUUUAGCUUCCAACUGAUAAGAGUGUAAAUCAAUAUGGUAUAUUACCUCAUAGAAGCAUAGAAGUAUAUUACGAGAUAAAUACGAUUUAUCGACAG